AUGCCAUUAUUACGCCAAUGGAAACGUCUGGCGGAACUUCUGGGACAUAGUUGCUUAGCAAGAAAAGGUCGUCUUGUAGUAGUAAGAGAUCAUUUCACUGAUUUAAAUAAUGGAACAGAUUCAUGGCCAUUAAUAUCGUUUGGAUCAAAUCUAAAUUCUCAAAGUGUAUUAAUAAAUUUUCAUCUAACAUCCAUAUUUGAUCAUUCAAUAUUUGAAGCAUUUUCAAAAGUUAUACAAAAAUUAUCACCACAAUUUAAUUAUUUAGAAGAUUUGCUCAAUUAUCUUAUAUCAGCAUCAAAUAUGGAACAAGCAUUUCUAUUUGAUAUACAAACAAAAAUAAGUAUUGCAACUGAUUCAUCACCAACUGAUAUACAAAUGUAUGAAGUAUGCUGUAAUAUGAUUGAUUUACAAAUAAAUAUGAGUCAAAUAUAUGGACGAUCAAAUGAUGAUGUUUUUGAAGCUAUUGAUGAUAAUAUAAAUAAUGAAUCUCUUGUGAAUGAUAUUCAUGAAUCAAUGAACUCAUAUUCAAGUAGCUCAUUAAGUACAACACCGGUGAGAACUUCAUGUUCAUCAAUAACUGAAACAAGGAAUGAACCUACAUCAGAUGUAUUUGAUUCAAUGUCAUCAAGUGUUAUAAAGUUAACUAGUGGUCGAGCACUUUAUCUCAAAGAGAUUAAUAAUCAUCUAGCAUUAAUAUGUAUUUUACAUGAGAAAGCACUGACAAAACAAGCUAUUAUUGAAUAUAAUGUAAAUCAAUUAAAAAGCAGUAUUUUAGAUUUAUUUUGUUUUACUAAUCAAACAUCUACAUCUCUUGUAAUCAUGCGUGAAUGUAUAUCAAUCCAUGUUGGUCAAGCUGGUGUUCAAAUUGGUAAUGCAUGCUGGGAAUUAUAUUGUUUAGAACAUGGUAUUCAACCUGAUGGACAAAUGCCAUCAGAUAAAACAAUUGGAGGUGGUGAUGAUUCAUUUAACACCUUCUUUAGUGAAACUGGAGCUGGUAAACAUGUACCACGAGCUGUUUUUGUUGAUUUGGAACCAACUGUUAUUGAUGAAGUACGUACUGGUACUUAUCGUCAAUUAUUUCAUCCAGAACAAUUAAUUACUGGCAAAGAAGAUGCUGCUAAUAAUUAUGCUCGUGGUCAUUACACCAUCGGUAAAGAAAUUGUCGAUUUGGUACUUGAUCGUAUUCGUAAAUUAGCCGAUCAAUGUACUGGUCUUCAAGGAUUUCUUAUUUUUCAUAGUUUUGGAGGUGGUACUGGUUCAGGUUUUACAUCAUUAUUAAUGGAACGUCUUAGUGUUGAUUAUGGUAAAAAAUCCAAACUUGAAUUUGCUGUUUAUCCAGCUCCACAAAUUUCAACUGCUGUUGUUGAACCGUACAAUUCAAUUUUAACAACACAUACAACUCUUGAACAUUCGGAUUGUGCUUUUAUGGUUGAUAAUGAGGCUAUUUAUGAUAUUUGUCGUCGUAAUUUGGAUAUUGAACGUCCAACAUAUACAAAUUUAAAUCGUUUAAUUGCUCAAAUUGUUUCAUCCAUUACAGCCUCAUUACGUUUUGAUGGUGCACUUAAUGUUGAUCUUACAGAAUUUCAAACAAAUCUAGUACCAUAUCCUCGUAUUCACUUUCCAUUAGCUACUUAUGCACCGAUCAUUAGCGCUGAAAAAGCUUAUCACGAACAAUUAACUGUUGCUGAAAUUACAAAUGCUGUCUUUGAACCAGCUAAUCAAAUGGUUAAAUGUGAUCCUCGACAUGGUAAAUAUAUGGCUUGUUGUCUUUUAUAUCGAGGUGAUGUUGUACCAAAGGAUGUUAAUGCUGCUAUUGCUACAAUUAAAACAAAACGAACAAUUCAAUUUGUUGAUUGGUGUCCAACUGGUUUUAAAGUUGGUAUUAACUAUCAACCACCAACUGUUGUACCAGGUGGUGAUUUAGCUAAAGUACAACGUGCUGUUUGCAUGUUAUCAAAUACAACAGCUAUUGCCGAGGCUUGGGCUCGUCUUGAUCAUAAAUUUGAUUUAAUGUAUGCUAAACGUGCUUUUGUUCAUUGGUAUGUUGGUGAAGGUAUGGAAGAAGGUGAAUUUUCGGAAGCACGUGAAGAUUUAGCUGCAUUAGAAAAAGAUUAUGAAGAAGUUGGUGUUGAUUCAGUUGAAGGCGAAGGUGAAGGUGAAGGUGAAGAAUAUUAA